AUGGGUUGGUUCUGUCUGCUGCUGCUGCUGGGGAGCCUGAGUCCAGGGCGAAGCCUCGACGGCGUCCGCACCGAAGAGUGUCUCUUCUACAACGUCGACUCUGAGAUGGAGAGGACCAACCGGAGCGGCGUGGAGCUCUGCCAGGUUGAGGCGGACAAACGUUCUCACUGCUUCGCUUCAUGGAGGAACGACUCGAGCUCCGUCGAGCUGUUGAAGAAAGGCUGCUGGUUGGAUGACUUCAACUGCUAUGACAGGCAGGACUGCGUGGCAACGGAGCAAAGUCCUCAGGUCUUCUUCUGCUGCUGCGAAGGAAACUUCUGCAACGAGAAGUUCACACACUUGCCCAACGUCAGCCUCCCAGUGAUGAAGGCUGCUCUCGGCAGCAUCGGAGUGUUGACUGUGAUGAUUUACUGUCUGUUACUCAUCACCACGCUGUCUAUGGUUCUUCUCAUUUCCGUGUGGAUGUACAGACACCAAAAGCCUCCAUACGGACAGGUGGACCUCUCUGAGGAUCCUUGUCCUCCUCCAGCCUCCCCUCUGCUGGGUCUUAAGCCCUUGCAGCUGCUGGAGGUGAAGGCUAGGGGGCGCUUUGGCCAAGUAUGGAAGGCCCAGAUCCUGAACGAGUUUGUGGCUGUGAAGAUCUUCCCCAUCCAGAACAAGAAGUCAUGGGAGAACGAGAGAGACGUCUUCAUGAUUCCGGGGAUGAGACAUGAGAACAUCCUGAGGUUUAUCGGUGAGGAGAGACGAGGGAGUCACCUGGAGACCAAGCUGUGGCUCAUCACUGAGUUCCACGAGAGGGGCUCUCUGUCGGACUUCCUGAAGGGAAACGUGGUCAGCUGGACCGAGCUGUGUCAGAUAACCGAGUCGAUGUCUUGCGGCCUGGCAUACCUUCAUGAGGACAUUCCCCGACUGAAAGGAGACCAGCACAAACCGGCCAUCGCUCACAGGGACUUUAAGAGUAAAAACAUCAUCCUGCGUUCAGACCUCACCGCCAUAAUUGCAGACUUUGGCCUCGCCAUUUGCUUUGAGCCUGGGAAACCACCUGGAGAGACCCACGGUCAGGUGGGCACCAGGCGCUACAUGGCUCCAGAGGUUUUAGAAGGAGCCAUCAACUUCCAGAGAGAUGCCUUCCUUCGGAUUGACAUAUACGCCCUGGGUUUGGUUCUGUGGGAGGUGGUGACCCGCUGCAAGGCUGCAGAUGGUCUGGUGGACGAGUACAUGCUGCCGUUUGAGGAGGAAGUGGGUCAGCAUCCGACCCUGGAGGACCUGCAGGAAGUCGUGGUCCACAAGAAGAUGAGACCAGCCAUCAAAGAGUUCUGGCUCGAACACAACGGUCUGGCUCAGAUCUGCGAGACAUUGGAGGAGUGCUGGGAUCACGAUGCCGAGGCUCGGCUGUCCGCAGGCUGCGUGGAUGAGAGAAUCUCCCAGGUCCGACGCCACACAGCCACCAUCAUAGCCCCGCCCUCCUCUGAGCACCACGGCUUGCUGUUGUCCUCCAUCACACCCAUCACCAUGGUAACCAAUGUGGACCUGUCCCCCAAGGAGGCCAGUAUAUGA